UAUUUUCUACAUCUCUAACUGUUUAGAUCUGAGUAAGAAACCAAUACAAGCGAACAUUUUACCUUUAAUAUCUAUGAAAUGUAUCCAUAAUUUAGUUUACUUGAAGUGGUUGUGAUUUGGAAAUUGGACUGGAAGGAUUACAAAACAUGCGAACAUGACUAGUGGUCCAGAAUGAUUAGGAUAUUCUCCUCCAUGAUGGAGCCGUGAACUAUGCACUGGCGCGAGCAGAGACAAGAUCGCGCGGCUGCAUAACGAUGGACCCUGUUAUGAAUGGCGAUAUCAUUCUGAAUCACCAUCCUCCGAUAGAUGUGGUGUCCGCGACGAUUACAGAUGAGAAAAUUCUGAAAAUCCCGAAAAAUAGUCUGUUUUCGCAUCCGUCGGACUCUUUAGUCGCAGCACCACCGUCCUCGCAAAUUACCACCUUUAAUUUUUCCACUUCGACAAAGCUGCUAGUCCGGACAAAGCGUGUGCCACACGUUAACAGUAUUCGACAGGAGGCUGUGCCAAUCUCUGAAAGUAUACCAAAGUCAACAUCCGCUGCGGAACAACCCAGUGUCCGCAAGGAGCUGGUUGUUAAGAAAGCUGAAAUUGUGAAACUGGCAUGCGCCCUAUGCCAGUUGUCCAGCGCAUCUCGUUUUGGUCAGGGAUCUCUUCGAUCCUUCCCUGUAUCUAUCUCGUCUGAACAAGUUUUCCAGCUUCCGAAUUCACUGAAGGAAAAGCAGCAGCUUGAUGAUCUCGCCGGUGUUGGCCACGAACAAAUCAAAUCCAUUCAGCACACCUUAUCUGAGGACGGUGAGUUAAUGAUCCAUGAAAAGUGCCUUCAGUGGUCACCGGACGCACACUUCAAUGCCCAAGGCGUUUGUACUAAUCCAGAGGAGGUGGUGUCAAAUGCCCUUCUUCAGUUAUGUGCGCACUGCGGCCACUACGGAGCGUCGGUCAGGUGUUCCUUUCCUGAGUGUACAGCGACAUACCACUUGCCUUGCAGCAGUGCCAGCGAUUGCUAUCAGCAAUUACCCGACAAAAAACUUGUUUGCUCAUUACACUUCUCCACGCUUCCAGAUCAGAUUGCCCUUGAUCCACUGGGUUUAUGUUUUUUGUGUGGCGAGCUGGACGGGCCCGCGGACAUGGGAUGCGGCAGCAUCAAAGAUCUGUUAUUUUGUCAUUCAUGUGGCAAACACGCUCAUCCCAGUUGCCUUGGCUUCUCUGCCGAGGUUUCCCAGGCUAGAAAGGCCGGCUGGCAGUGCUCCGAUUGCCGAACGUGCUGUGUAUGCAGAGGUGGUGGGAAGACCGAAAAGGUUGUAGUCUGUUCCGAUUGUGGUCAUGAUUACCAUUUGACCUGUCUCGUGCCUCCUCUGGGCAAUCUGCCCAAGUCGGCUUGGAAGUGUCCAAGCUGUCGCAUAUGUCGCUGUGGAAAACGAACUCCUGGCGCCGGUCCAUCAUGCAAAUGGCAUCAUGGUUAUACAUUAUGUGACAGUUGUUAUCAGCAGAAAAUAAAAGGCUCAGUUUGUCCCGUCUGCCAGAAAGCCUAUCGCUUUGCGGAACAACGCGACAUGCUUCGGUGUUCCAGUUGUGGAGGUUGCACUCAUCGGACAUGCGAUGAAGAAAAACGUGAUCCUCUUGAGACAUACGAGUGCGUUCGGUGUAGGAAAGGCAGCCUGAAUGGAUACGCAGGGCUGGUUCCAUCAACAGCAGAACAGUCUCGCUUGGCUUCACUAGCAACGAAUCAACAAGCAGGGAGCCCCAGCUCAUCAUCAGUAUUUUCCAGUUCUCUGGACGAAAGUUCUUUGACAGAACAAGGUUCUGAAGUGUCGGGUAGUGGAGGGGGAAAACCGUCAGUCCGCUUAAAACGACGACAGACAGUGCAGUCGGGAGCGAAGAAUGGGAAGAAACGUUCGCGCACUCUGUCGACCUCCCUCGCCCCUCCAGUUGGUCGGAAAAGGGGCAAAGGAAAGUCCUUGCCCCUGAUUAUCCCGAAGUCUCUGGCAUCUCCGGCCAGCGCAGUUCCUAAUGGUGAAAUAGUGGAGAAUGGGCAGGGAGGCGAUGCGGAAGAGGAUUCUGUGCACACAUCGACGGUUGUCAUCUUCAAAACGGGCGACGACUUUAUGCAGCUGCAGGACAUCUGUGUGAGCUGCGGCGCCAUCGGACUGGAAGACGAAGGGAAGUUGAUCGGUUGUGCGCAGUGCGGCCAGUGCUACCAUUCCUUCUGCGCUGGCGUGAAGUUGAACUCGGCCGUGUUGACUUCCGGUUGGCGCUGUUUGGACUGCACGCUGUGCGAAGUGUGCGGGAAGCCUCACGACGAAGGACGACUGAUUCUGUGCGACGAGUGCGACAUUUCCUUCCACAUCUACUGCCUUAGUCCGCCGCUCAACCAGGUGCCCAGCGGAACCUGGAAAUGUCGGCGCUGUGUACGGUGUCAGUAUUGCGACAGUGCCAGUCCCGGUUACGGUCCCUCUGCGCAGUGGCACAACAACUACUCCACCUGCACGCCCUGUGCUUCCCUGCAGAAAUGCCCCGUGUGCGAGAGUGAUUAUGUCGACAAGGAGUUGGUGAUUCAGUGUCUGCAGUGCGAUCGGUUCCUGCACGCUGCCUGCGAUGCGAUUAUGGACGAGGACGACGUGGAGAGUGCCUUUAGCAUGGGUUACAUUUGCCCAUUUUGUCGACCAGAUAAUUAUCCGCCGCUGCAUCUGCAGCACGUCUUUGAGGACGAAGAUUCGAACGAUUGCAAUCCGGAAGUUGUCGAACCGAAAGCAGUGGUUACGCACAAAUAUGAGGGAAUGCUGCUGUCGGAUGCUGGCUUGAAGCAUCUGAAACGCUUAAGUGUCGAGCACACAAAGUUGAAAUCUCCAAAGAAGAAACACGGGAAGCUCUCAGCGCAGAAUAGUGUGGAUUCCCUGUUGGAUGGUCUUCCUUCGCUCUCUCAGGAAAAUGACAAAAUGGAGGAGAUAUCGGGAGAUGACAAGAGGAAGCGCAUUCGUCGUCCACAGCGAUUCGGCGUCGGAGGAUUCGUGCUGCGUGGGUCUAAGCCAAAAGCAGAAAAAGAGAAAGAAUUGGGGAUAAUGGAUGAGGGAUCCACAGAGUCCCAUUUGCUCUCGGGAACAAUUAGCCCAGCAGAAAGCCUCGAUAAUCACUUAACGGAACUUGCUGGUUUGGAUCCUACGAAACAUCCCAAUCCCCAGAAAGUUAAAAAGAAAAAGGUGCAAUCAAAAAAGCGGUUUCUGGUUAAAGAUAUGUUUCCGGAUUAUCUGCAAGACGCGUUUUUUGGGAAGGCAUUGUUUGAUAGCCAAGAUUCUAGCGAGCAGUCAAGUUUGUGUGAGAAGUUAUCUUUAAGCAUCAGCAUCGAAGAUUCCAAACCAGUUAGUGUGAAGUCCGAACCUGCUGUGCGCGAUGAAGUGGAAGAAAAGAAACUGAUCAAGACGGAAUUUGUUGAAACCUUUAAAAAAAUGGUGAAAGGGUCGACUGAGAAUCAGUCAAGUGAGGAAGAAGUGGAUUUUCCUGACCUUACGGAAGGCUUUGACGCGUUGCUAAAUCAGGAGCCCCUCGAUGAAGAUCUAGGGUUGCUGGAUUUGGAGAUGCUCAUGGCAGGCACGGAACAUGAGGAAUAUUCGAGUUCACAAGAAGACGAUUCGAUGCAGUCUACCCUAAAAUCCACAAAAGACCAACAAGAACCCGGCUCUGUGGCGGAUAACUUGGACUCUAUUCUGGAUUCCUUAGAAAGCGAUCUUCCUCAGAUGAGUAGCGAGGAUGCCGAGGAUGUCUUCAAUAACGUUUUUUUGCCUUCCGCAUUGCACGCCAGUAGCACUGCAGGCAGCGGAUUGACUAACUCACGGGCACCGUUAGCUAACGGUGAACACGGAUUGUCGACCUGGUCUGCUAUCACGACCGGUACUGAUGGGGGCGAUAGUACGGAAGCCGGGAACGGUGGGCUCAAAACUCAGCAGAAAUGGGAGCAGGAUGAAGCUCUCGGGCCAUUGGCAACGGUUUCUUCUGUACUAUACGCUAAUUUACAACAUCCCGAUUUGAAACAAAAGUUUCCAGACUUUUCCGAGCGCUAUAAGCAGAUACUCAAAUUAUGGAGAAAGGUCAGCACCAACGAACGGCAACCGUUUCUCCACAAAGCCAGGGAUAACCGCGCAGCAAAUAAAGCCACUAAAACUCAGCGCGCAAAGGCUUCGGAGAAAGUGAUGACCGUGCCUGUCCCGGUGAAAGUUCCCGAACGACCAACAACCUUUGGUGUACCAAACCUUGGAUUCGUAUCUCCUUCUCGGUUUCAAGCAGCUGAGCCUAUAGAAUCUCCCUUUCACACCCCGCAUGAAGAGAUGCUGUAUACGAAUCCGGCAACUCCAUCAAGCCAGCCUUCGACGCCAGGUUCGUCUGCCAGUCACGCACAUCACCAACCGCAGCCUUACCAUGUGGUUGGCUCCCCUGCCCCGCCCUUUUCGCCGCCUCUUGAGAGGCCCAGAUCUGUGUUGCCUAUGCAGCAUCACGUCAACGAUCCAGCAUACGGCGUGCAAAGUCCGCACUCGUACCAACAGGUGCAGUCCCCACGGACUCCUUUCCCUCCCAGCUCUCCGUUUGAUCCGUAUGCGCAUCCACCCGCCUCGGUCCAACCAGUGAUGGUUCGCCAGCAAUCUCACGACCAUGCAGUGUUAGAUGAACAUGAUCCAUACUCGCAGCCUCCUGGAACUCCGAUGCCACAAAGAUUUCAGCAGCCAUUUAUGCAAGCCAGUAGUGAGCCUCAGUCUCCUCAGAACGGUCAGUUUUUUCCUAGGCAGCAACUGCGGGAUCUACUGAAUCGCCAGAAUCAAGUACGUCAAAGGCAACCUGGGCCACCAGCGCAGUGGCAGUAUCCCCAGCAGCAGGAAGGUUUUUUGCAACAGACAGCUUUUCCUUCACCGCAGCAAGUUCAGGAGCACAAUAUACGGCCGCCACAUACGCAGACGUUUCCUGUGCAACGGCAAGAGUUUCGUCACCCGCCGCCCCCACAAACCCGCAUGAUACAGCAAGCUGUCCGAAGUGUGACCCAGGUUCCGGAGCAUCGAUAUCCGAUGCCAGCGCGCGCUCCUACUACUCAGAUGGCAAUGCAACGCGGCACACAGCCCAAUAUGUAUGGAGAUAAUCAGAAUUUAAUGUAUGAACAACCGCAACGCCAUCCACAUCCUCAGUGGCAGCAGUCCGGACAGAUCGGAUUAAGCAGCUCAGGUUCUGAAGCUGGCAUGUACGGAAGAAUGGAUUGCCCAUCUCAACCCGAUCUGCGAAUGAAUUACGUUGACAGACAGUUUGUAGCAGACGGACGGACCACGCCAGCAGUGCAGCCGACUUUAUAUGCGCCGGUUCGCAAUCCCACUGUGACUAUGGUCAGUGCGAGUCAAUCUCAUGCACCGAUGCAGUGGUCUCAACCUCAACAACGAAAUCAACAGUAUCCUUCGAUGCCGGGUCGACCCCCUUCUGUGAUGCCCACACUAAUGCAAAGCAUGCCGGUUGCCACCCCGACCGCUCCAUUGAAUAACACACCUACAGCACGGUCAGCUAGCGAGAACACGGAUGCGGAGAUUAGCGAGUCGGAGCGGCAUAAUAAUAUGACGCAUGAAAGUUUUCUUCUGGAGCACCAUCAGCGAUUGGCAGCGGAAACGGCUAGUUUACAGGAAAAUAUUACCAGAGUUCGUAAGCAGCGAAAGGCCCUCGCAGCACGCCAGAGACAACUGCGGAAGAACAAUAGUGAGCUGAGUCCUGAAGAGACAAUGGAGCUGGAACGGUUAACCAGUAAUGUGGGUGCCAUACAGAAACGUUUGGAAACUGUGAAGAAAGAUUACAAACAGCAUCAAAGCAAAAUGCAAGAUUUUGCUGCCAAAACUGGAGUCCAGCUACUCGUUCCGGUUACUCCAGCGCAGGUUGCUCAGCACCCAGGGGAGAAGAUACCAGCAGCAGUUAUCUCACGUCCUCAGCUGCCAAGCACUAUGGGUGCCGUAAAGAUGGACCCUCUUCAUCCCAAUGCAUUAGGUAAAACAGCUGGUUCAAUAGCAGAAAUCGUGUCCAGAAGCGAUCAAGACGGAAGGACGCUUUCUUUAGCAGUACGUUCUUUUACUGAUGCGAACACCGUGGCGGGAAACCGGGAAGAUGACAAAUCCGUUGAGAGGAAAAACAUACUGCUGAAACAACUAUUGGAAAACGGUAGUGUCGUGCCACCAGUUAUGACACUCGAAAGAAAGGAUUCAGUGUUGUCCAGGGCGUCAGCAGACGAGGGGGACGAGUCUUCUUUUGGGGCACUGACACCAGCACAGCAACAGCAGUUGGCUUUGAUUGAGAGCAUGCCAUUGACGACUCGCAAGGAUAGUUUUUCGUCUAGCCCAAUGCAGCUCUCGGAAUUAUCCGGCGAUACCUUGAGCACUUCUCUUUCGCAGUUGAAUUCUGGAAUUAACGGUGUCAAAAAAGAAAAAGGCCAAAAGAAACGAAAGAAAAAGGCGGUUUCGGAUGGUUCUGCCGACAGUACGUCAAUGGAUGGACUGAAUGAAGCAGUGGUUGAUAGCUUACUGGAGCAGCUCCGGCAGGCUGCAGUGAGUCUUUGUGAACCAGACAAAUCCUCCUUGCCAGUUAAAAGCGUUUUUCUAAAACCCGAAACCGACGCGGCGCCAGUUCCUGUCGGUAAAAAGUUGGAAGAUUUGAAAAAACCCCAGAAACGAAUUCUUCAAGGCAGUUUCGGUCAAUAUGAACUGACGAAACAAGGAACGCGAAGUCGGUUCUGUGUUGGUGUCACUCGGAUAACCGAUGAAACGGCUUCUUUGAAUACGACGAAUAUCGGUAAAAUGCUAUUUGAGGACUUGCUUCACUGUCAGAAUAUUGACGUUUUAGAUACUGUUGCGGAGCAGGCAGAACCGGAAGCCAACAAAUCUUUGGAAGCUGAUAGUGACAAAAGUCCAAACAGUCCUGCAAUGUCUUACAUCUCAACGUCGUCAUAUGGUGAGAACCACUUGUUGGAACCGUGUUAUGACCAUUUAUAUAACUGGCUUGAAAUCGGCUUUCCACCGGACGGGCCUCCGUCUUCGGACAUUAUCAUUAACGAACCAACUCUGGCUGUGCAUUUCGACCCAGCAACACCUGGCAGUCUGAAGGAGAAUUUCACAAUGGACAUGGUGAAAUACGAAUCUAUCACCGUAGAAAAGUUUGGAAGAGUAUUCAAAGAGUCCGAUCGCGUGAACGUCAGCAUGACAAUCACCGAAGAAGCGGCUUGCAGCAUGGGAGUUUUCUUGCAGAAUUUGGCUAACCUAUUGCGAAUCCCUGUGACCGACAUUGAAAUGACUGGCUGUGACGAAUACCCAGAACUGCCGAUGGAAACGAAGCCUUGUAAAUACUGUCGCACCUGUGAGAUUGCCCUUGAUCAAGAAACGGGAUUUCGGAAACGAUUGUCUGAUUUGCCUGUUGUUUCUCUGGUCGACAACGGUUUCCCAGUGGAGUACGAAGAUGGCGUGGCAUACGUUUCCUUCUGCAGUAGUACAUGCAUGAUGCAAUUUGCCAUUACUAACCAGAAUGUCGCGAAAGUCUCUCCACCGGCCACCGUUUCGGUUGACCAUGGUUUUGACAACGGACCGAAGGAGGAAGCACGAAAGGAUAAACGCGAACAUUCACCAGUGAAACGUAUGACACCCGUCCAACUGUUGUUGAAAUCCAUAGCGCCUCUGCUGAAAAAGGGAAAGAAAGGUCGACAUGAAUUGUGGUCACCUAAUUUGUUGCAGCUGAAACGGCAGAACAGCGUCACGGACUCUCGAGCGACGCAGCAAGUAAUGAAUCUGCUGGAUGUCGGGCUGAAAGUGACGUCGAAUGUUCGGGACAACAGAGUAUGUGUACUGUGUCACCUUGUCGGUGACCUUCUCCCGGAUGGACAAGGCCGCCUGCUGAAUAUCGAUGGAGAGCACUGGGUGCAUUUGAAUUGUGCUCUGUGGUCGGUGGAUGUCUACGAAACGAACAAUGGGCACUUAAUGAACGUGCAACAGGCGUGCAAGCGGGGUGCGAAGACGGAAUGUGUCAAGUGUCGCAAACUGGGAGCCACGCUGCUUUGCUAUCAUUACCCGAAGAUCCGCUGCAACCAGAUGUUUCACUUCCCCUGUGCAAAAAGCAGCGGAUGCAUGUUCUUCAAUGAUAAAAGCGUUCUUUGUGAAACACAUAAAUCAGGCGAACCCCCCGAAGACGAGUUGAAGUCCAUGAUCGUUCACAGACGAGUGUACGUGCAUCGGGACGAACCACGGAUGGCAACAAGGGUUAUUACUGCGCAUGAUGGACUUUACAGCUUUCGCAUUGGCACGCUUAUUUUUCAUUCUCUUGGACAGCUUUACCACUCCAACAUGGAUGCUUUUCACAAUCCGGACUGUGUUUAUCCGGUCGGGUAUUCCAUCACUCGUAUCUUUUGGUCGAUGCGUGCUCUGCAUAAACGUUGCUUUUACCACUGCACAAUCCACGAUGUCCAUGGUGCUCCAGAUUUUCGCAUUUCCGUGGAGGAAAACGGCUACGAAACCGUCUUAUUAAAUGGAUCAACCACUAAAGAGGUGUGGAUGAAAGUUUUGGUUGCUGUUCUUGAACACCGUUCAUCGACGAUGAUUAAAGUCUUCCCGGACUUUUUCACGGGUGACGACUUGUUUGGUCUGACGGAAAGCAACAUCGCCAGAGCGAUCGAAUGUUUACCGGGCAUAAACGAGGCCAUUCGAUAUCAGUUCAAGUACGAGAAGGCUCGCGUUCCAGAAUCGCCAGCUGUGGCCGCGCCGGUAAUUCCGCAUCAACACGAGAGCGGAUCGGCGCGAACCGAACCGAAGUUGAGACUGGUCACGAAGCGAGCCCAGUUUGGCCAUCAUGCCGCCAUCCGCGCUCACAGUUCCGCCGACGUCGGUCUGACGCGGGUGUCCUCAUCCGGCGACCUUUCCUCUUAUCCGUUGUCCAGUGAUGUCGCCGCUAAUGCUCAAGAAAAUUGCAACGGUCUCAGUUUUUACCAGAAACAGACACUCAGCCAUACCAAAAUCAACCAGUACCGCAAAAUGAAGGCAGAAUGGAGAAGUAACGUUUACCUGGCUCGGUCGAAAAUCGAAGGUUUAGGGUUGUUUGCUGCACGUGAUUUGGACAAAAAUAGUAUGAUAAUCGAAUAUGUCGGGGAAUUGAUACGCAACGAGGUGGCCAAUCACCGCGAGCGGAUGUAUGAAAUGCUGAACCACGCAGGGAUUUACAUGUUUCGCGUUGACAACGAAGAAGUGUGCGAUGCCUCUCGAGCCGGGGGUCCGGCUCGCUUCAUCAACCAUUCCUGCGAUCCCAACUGCAUCACGGAAGUGGUGCAGACUGACAAAAACGAAAAGAAAAUCGUUAUUUCUUCGUUGCGUCGGAUUUUUAAAGACGAAGAAUUGUGUUACGACUACAAGUUUGAUUUCGAGGACGACCAGCAUAAAAUUCCUUGUAACUGCGGGGCUUCUAAUUGUAAUUUGUGGAUGAACUGAUCUGUUCCCAGUUGGUGAUGCCUUAUACGUGUGGACUGCUUUUUUCAUAUCCGAGUUUUCCGUUUUGUCCGUACAGUGUUCUCAGUCUUCCCGAUGUCUGUUUGGAUCAGACGCUUGGAAUCGAUGUGAAUCUACUAUGGAUACCUGAAUGACCGUCGCAAACUCACGUUUUACUUGGCUUAUCCGGUUGCUGCUGCCAGUAUUUGUGUUUGUUGCAGCAGAAGAAUUUUAUUUACCUUAGACAAGUAGGUACUGAGUUGUUUGUUUUUAUCCGAUACUUUUUGUUUUUAAGGGAGGGAUGGGUUUUGUCAUUUUUAAUUUGUUUCUAUAAUUAUUUUGUUGAGAAAGGCUAUUUCGGUAAUACGCGCGAUUCAGAAAGCAAUAUAUACCGCAUGGCUAAAUUUGUAUCUUAUGUGAAUUUCAUCGUGAUCUGGCACUUAUUGUUUUAUUGUUGUGUGUAUUUAUGUGUUCGCGAACAAUUUUGCAGUUCUGACAAAAAACCACUGUGUAUUGUUCGCUGUCGUGGUUGAAAAACGAAAAUUAAAUCCUG